AUGAAGCUUACCCUGGGACUUGGCGUAUUUUCGCUAUCGGUUUUGUCAUCUGAUGCUCGUCCUACUUUUGUAUCUCGUAUUCCAAAUGGUAAUGGAGUGACUGGUGUUGUUGCAUUGGGUCACGUGAAUACUGUCGGUGGAGGAGCGACGAAUGCAUUUGGUGAUGCCUUCCAAGACGCCGGGUACGAGUGGACAAGGGAACUUUGCCAAGUUGAUUCAGAUCUAGACGGCGCCUUGAAUGGAGAAGAACUUGGUGAUCCAUGCUGUACGUGGACAUCUUCUGUCGGUUUCGACAGUGAUUCCCCAUUUCCUGCGCAGUCAUCUCCUACACAUCCAGGAGUUGCCAAUAGCUUCACAGAGUCUCAACUCACUUCAAUGAAAUGCAAUGGAGAGGCUGUUAUCGAUUCCAUUGUAUCAAGUGGAUCUGCUUCGUCGACUUCAUCUCAAUCUGCUUCUGGAUCCCAGUUGUCAACCUUUGGAAGCAGUAUCAGCAGCAGUAGCGGGUCCAUUGACGAUGUGGUUGCCGAAAAUGACCGACCUCUUGUUUCUAAUCGCCCAGAACUUGAUGAAAUCAAACCAACUCCUGACACAUCGGAUGCAAUUCAACUCCAGACAUUUGUCUAUUGUUUCAGUAUUGUUGUCAAGACUAACAACAAUAUCUCGACUGCUGAUCUCUUUUCUCGUGUACUUGGAGACGCUGAAUACAAGACACUCAAUCAUUCAUCAGUAGAUAACCGUAGUGACAGCACUUUUACUUCUAUUGGUGGUUUUCUCGUGUGUCUAAACGUCCCACCAGCCACAGAAUUUGGCGUUGACUAUGAGGUAUUUCGCACUGGUCCAAAAUUUCAAGGCGUGAAAUUCCUUCCACUGGGCAUUCACUUUGUACUCUUUCGAUCUCGAGAUCAAGAGCACGGUAUACGUCAAGGUUUUUUCAUUAAUAUAGAGCGUCAUGCACAGGUUAUUGUACGUGAAUGGAGCAUGGAGAAGGAGGAGCUGGGUCUACCACGACCAGGACUCAAUAUGGAAAACCUUGAGCGUGCCGUGCUAUCGUUCCAGCUUGACAGCGGGUUGGGACCGUACCCGAAACGCCAUUUGCAAACAUGGCAACGUCUGUCCAGCUUUAUUUCCACCUCAGUACUGCAACAAUGCGGCGUGGACUUUGGCGCCAUCCUUCUUCCAGGUGACGCGGUUGAAGACGCUUCGAUCUUGUCCGAAGUCCAGGCUGGUAUUGUUCCGUACUUUCCAGAUCUACCGCGGACAGUACGGUUUACUGCGCUGCAGAAGACAAGAACUGAUCUGUCGGGUCCAGCCAGAACAGCCUAUCAUUUUGACCAAAGUGAAAAGCUAGAAGAUCUGAUCGAAACAGAGUUUGGUGGUGAUUGGAAACGGCUUAUCGGUGAACUUCAGCUGUCGUUCCUGGUUUUCCUGCAGUUGUCGUCUCUUGCAGCAUUAGAGCAAUGGAAACAGUUCAUUGCACUCUUGUGUUCCUGCGAACGAACACUCUUUUCCCAUGUGCCACUAUUUCUCGCAUUCGUCAAGCUCUUUAUUACGCAAUUGGAACAGAUCCCUGAGGACUUUUUUCAAGAUGACACGACUAGUGAAAACUUCUUAAGCCCGUGUCUAUUGUCACUGCUGGAGUUGAUUGAAGAUACUGAAGCCCCGCCACAGUUCCAUCCAAAGGCUUUUCAAUUGCGACAGCUUCUAUCCACACGUUUUCAUUGGGAUUUCAAUAUGAAAUUGAUUAUGGACGAGUUUGCACCCGUUAUAGUGUCUACAGACGAGAUGCCCAGUCCUGUAUCUGCAUGUACUGACUCAUCCUCCACGCCAGUUCUACCCCCCGGCCGUGGAGCCUAUGGUCCUAAUGGUGGUGUACCACAUCCACGUGGUAAUCCAUAUCAUCUUGAAUAUCGACCUAAAAGUACACAACAACAACAUGAUCCACUAAUUCAUUCCCAAUUAAAACAAUCUGGAGCUGACGGCAUGGACGUAAAUGCACCAGUUUUUAAACAAAGCAGUAAUAGUUUUCAUCUACAACACACAGCACGACCUUAUAAUGGUCCAAUGGGCUAUUCAUCUGCUUUUCCUAUAGGUGGUCAACAGACUAUGCCACGUGGACCUCUUGGAGGUCAUCACUAUCAGCCACGCAUGCGUGGACCUCCACGAGGCGCAAUGCAACAGCAACAUCAACAAUAUAUGCCCAGAGGUGGUAUGAAUCCAGGAGAACAGGGAUAUUAUCCACCACAGAUGCAAAUGAUUCCACCCUAUAUGAUGGGACCAGGUCAACACUACAUGGGAGGUCCUCCAAUGUAUAGUAUGCCACCCAUGCAAGAUAUUGGGAUGGGAAUGGGAGGCAUGCCUGUGCCCAUACCGAUCCCACAGCUACAGCAUCAACCGCCGCCAAAGCGGGAGCUCAAGAUACUGGAUAUCAUAAACCCCAAGACAGGAAAGGUCAUCGAGCUGGGACACAAUGCAUCCUCAAGACGACCGAGUGAUGCUAGCUCAACAACUGCAGCGGACGAUAGCAAAGCAGCAAGCACGAGCACCACAGCGCAGAGUACACCACAGAAGAAGGAGGCGACGCCUGUAAAGGAACCUGUCGCUCCCGAGAACCGUCAGGCUGAUGUGAAGCAGAAUGGAGCUGCAAAAUCCGUCACGAUUUCACCAAAAAAAUCUCCAAAAAGAAGCACUGCGAAUGAAAAGCUGACACCAACAGCGGAUUUUGCGAAGGAAACAAAAAUACCGAGAACUACUGUGACGGAGGUGAUCGAGACGUCACGUGACAAGGCUGUAGCUAAGACUGUCGAACUGACGGUAGAAAAAGGAUCCGAGAUUUGCAAAAGGAGUGGCUCAUUCACUACAGUGACGACCAGUAAGCCGACGACACAACCUGUCAUGGAGCCUAGUGAGAAAACAUCAGCUGUCACGCGGUCGGCCGAGAAAAAAAUGCCUGAUCAGGACAUUCCUUCCUCAACGUUGCAGCAAGGAGUAAUGGAGAAGGAGGACGAAGUGCAAGCUGGUGCCCCGGACACGGCAGCAGGCCAUCCAAUCGAGACAAAAACGGAUGUGAGCAUCACCCUUCAUAAAAAGCUGGGCGGCAAGCUGACAUACACGCUGGAACUACUGAUGAGCUUUUCUGAGCAAUACAAAGACCUUCCUGGUGCUGUAAUCGAUCAGGAUGUCCCAUGGCCGUCGAUGGAGAUUACCACGAGAAGCCGUCUGGUGGAUUUGGACGUCAAGGACCACGCAGUGGAUCAGGCGGUGGCCAGUGGGCACGAUCACAGGAUCUCCCGAAGCGAAGUGGUCGUGGUGAGCGCGGUGGUGGACGUGGGGGACGUGGUGGCCAUGGGGGGCUCCCCUGACCCACCUCUUCUGGAUGGACCUGUGAAGCCUCUGACCCGGUCAGCGAACCGGUGGAUUCCAACCAAGAGCGCUUCAACUUUGGAAGUGACGAAGAAAAAUGUGAACGGUAUCAUGAAUAAGAUGACUCGCGAAAAGUUUGAACGUCUGUCUGGGCAGUUGACUAGCAUCAACAUGGAAAGUCUUGAGAUGCUACAAGCCGUUAUUAAAAUCAUUUUCGACAAGGCGGUUGGAGAGCCGCAUUUUUGCGAUAUGUACGCAGAUUUAUGCGUGCAUCUUGAGACGAAUUGGAAGGUGUGGUCGUUUUUGAAGAUUGUUCAAAAUGACGACGAUAACAUGUUUUACUGGACGGCAAUGUCCAACUCGGACUCGGAAGUUGUUGGACCGUUUGACAUGGUCAACGAUGCAUUGGAGUCGGCCGACAGUGACGAGUUCGAACCUGUUCCUGCUCCUUCUAACAUGAAGCUGAGCGAAGUUCGUAUCAGGGACCACAAGUUUAUCAAAGUGUGGGUGCAAGAAGAUUCGACUAAGGCACAGUAUUAUUGGUCAGGCCAGGACUUGGACGACUUGGGAGACGACCAAGUGCUGAAUGGUCCUUGUGAAAAUCAUGAGGCUGCGAGUCAGUAUGCUCUCAAGUCAUGCUCGUUCAAGCGUAUUUUGCUGAACGCAUGCCAAGAGGAGUUUGAGAAGGAUAACAUUUAUGAAGAACUGGAAAAAAAGUUUAAGAAGGACAAAGAAGAAGGCAAGAUUACAUCACAAAUGGCAGCUGAUUACGAAGAGAAGCGAUUGAUCAUGAAGUUACGCAUGCUUGGAAACAUACGCUUUAUUGGCGAGCUGUACCGAAAAGGAAUGCUUCAAGAGCGCAUUAUGCAUGAAUGUAUUAUGAAGCUGAUGGAUGUUCGUUUGAAUAAUAACGGGAUGUUGGUGUGUGUCCACCCUAACGACCCUCCUGAUGAAGAGAGCAUCGAGUCGCUGGCCAAACUACUGACCACGAUGGGAAAAGAUCUAGAUAAGCACGGUGCGGAAGGCUUUAUGCCGUCGUACUUUUACUAUCUGGAACACAAACUGGUGAAGGACAAACGCCUAUCGUCCCGUAUCACCUUCAUGAUUAAGGAUGUCAUCGAGUUGCGCCAGCAUCGGUGGGAACCGCGACGCAAGGAGUUGAAACAGAAGACUUUGACUGAAAUUCGAAAGGAGGCGGAACGAGAAGCACGUGCUCCUCCAGUCAGCACGCCAGGUGGAAGCGGUCGUGAACGAGGAGACCGGGACCACUUUUGGUCGGAUCGUCGAUCAAACUCAUCCCGCGAUGGAUUUAACAACAAUCGUUCCACCAUGGCGCCUGUAUACCAACCCUCACAAUCAAUGAGUAGCCGUACAAACAGCAGUAAGCAAAUAACGCUUCCACGUGGUAUCGGAGCUCGUGAUGAUUCGGUGAAGACUGGACCGUCUGGAAGACCCGCUGCCUUUAAUUUUGUUGCUCGGCAGGGUGGACGCGGCGGCCCUAGUGGCGCACCAGCGAGCUUUCCAAAUAGCCGUCGUGGACCAGGAGUUGGCGCAAAGAAGCCUGAAUCGCCUGUUCGCGCUAAGGUGAUUCCUCCGCUCGACGACGAGACCCAAGCAAAGAUUGGUAAGAAAGCUAAGUCGACCGCGGAGGAGUACGUCUCUAUUGUUGACCUGGAGGAGGCUGAAGCUUGUCUUGUGGAGGCUCAAAAGGAACACAAUAACCACGAUGACGUAGACCGUAUCUUUGCUUUUGAGAUUCUGAAGAAGGCCAUCGAUGCGAAGGCCGAAGUCCGUGGCAAGAUGGUUGAGAUGCUGGAAAAAUUGAGCCUGGGGACGAAAAAUCUUGCGUUUGCUGGCAUUCGCUACGCUAUUGAAAAAACACUUGCGAUGUGUGGCGAUCUCUGGUGCGACGUCCCAAAGCUUCACGAACACAUGGCUGAUUUUGUGGUACGUUUCAUGAAGAAUUCGGCGCUCACCGGCGUUUCACUGGAUUGGAUUCUGGGCAGAUGUCUUCAGUCAGUGAAGAAGGAUACACUUGAUGAACUAAUUGAUGGAGGAUUCCUGGCUGCUUUGUUGGGUACAACACUAAAUCUAUUGAAGACAGACAAUGUGGAGAAGACAAAGCAGGAGAUACGCGCGACGAAUAUUUUGGUAUUGAGUGUAUUGCCAUCAUACAAGCAGUCUCCCAAGGAUAUGCAGGAGUGGAUCAAAAAGUAUGAUCUUGAAGAUGUGUUUUUAUUGGAGCCUGCUUUUGACGUUGUGGAUCGUGUGAUCAACGACUUGCCAUACGUUGAGGUUGUUUUGUUCAUUGAGGACGUCCUUCCUAAGGCGAAUCGCAAUGAUUUACUGUUUGUGACGUACACGUGCCUGUUCAUUCUGAGCCUGUCAAAGAAGGGCCUGGAUAUUCAAGCUCAGCUAAUCUCUGCCAUAUUUCAGACGCGAACCGACUACGACGAAGCGAAAACAUUGCUGGCACAUUUGGUUAAGGAAGGCGCAGUAGUACCUCUUGCUUUCAACAAGUGGCUCACGUUGCAGGACGACAAUAGUGUGAGUAGGAAGCGCGUGCUGGAGGAAUUGGGCCAAUUUGUCGAGCAAAUGGCUCGAACGAAGUGA